AUGUCCGGGGCGUGGUUGAAGUCGAUCACUUCCCGAAACUGCAGGAGGUCGUUGAAUGUCUUGGUAAUCUGUGGCCUGAGGCGUGAAUGCCGUCGUUCUAGUGUCUCUCAUCUCCAACACUGUGAAAUGAUUAUCGGGAGGCAUUGGUUGGCACGAUCCGACACCCUAUAUGUGGAGAUCAGUAUCACUAUGCCACCACUACCAUACCGAUUGACAUCUUAUCAAACUCCCCACCUCUCCCCUCCCCCGGCGACGACUAUCAUCUUCCAUCAAAAACCUUCCCAAUGGAAUCAUCUUUCAUCCUUCCUUCCUACCUUCCAACAUGUUAAUAUAACAUCUCCCGAAUCGUUCAAAAAAAAUCCCACGUAG